AUGUCCGACGACUUUAAGGGUUUAGCAAAUAUAGCCGCAAAAGAUAUUCACCUUGCUGUCCUAAACCACAUCAAUGAUAUAUUACAUUCUAUGGGGCGUGAUAUUAACGAGUUCAACCUUGUUGCAGAGACUAUCAGAUCUUCAAAAAUGGAAAAUGAAGCGAAAGAAGUAUAUUUCGAAAGAAACAUCAUUGUCAGUGAUGAAGAUUUAUUGUUACAUAGAAAAUUAAAAAUUGAACAAAACAUGGGAUACGAUGCAAUUCUUGAUAGAGUAUUUGGCAACAAAUCAGGAGCCUUUUUUAUUGAUGGUCCUGGAGGAAGUGCUUUAGCAACAACAACCUCUGGCGUUGCAGCUUCGAUCCUUCCGGGAGGACGGACGGCUCAUUCAUAUUUUAAAUUCCCGAUUAAUGUCGAUGAAAAGUUCUCUUGCAAUAUCAGCAAGCAGAGUUCACUUGCAUGUUUGAUUCGGGACGCGAAAUUAAUUGUGUGGGAUGAAGUAUCGAUGGCAAAGAAGAACAUGAUUGAAGCAUUAGACUCUCUUCUCAAAGAUCUUAUGGACACAAAUAUGCUUUUUGGUGGAAAAGUUAUUAUUUUUGGAGGAGAUUUUAGACAAACCCUUCCGGUUGUUAGAAGUGGUAAAAAGGAAGACUUUAUUCGGGAAAGCAUACUGAACUCUGAAAUAUGGAAUCAUCUUGAAAAACUAUGA